GUGGUUUUGCUGGCCUGUUAGCACCUCGUUUGAUUGCACUUCCAUCCUGAACCUGGGCCAUUAGCACCACGUACAUUUAUGGGCCGCUACGUCACACGCCUCCUUGCGCGCACGCAUGAGAGAGCUUGUGCUAAGAUCGUAUUACAAUAGCCAGCAACAGGGUACGGCAAAGACGAGUCGAAUCGUGAUGUUAAAAGCCUCACCUACCUGUGGUCGAGGCGCCUCGCAAAGGCUGCUUCACCUGCCGCCUGCACGAGGGCGAUCGUUCGAUGAGAGAGAGAGUCGGCCGUGGCGUUGCAGGGUGUUAAUGACGUGCGAUAGUCUAGUGAUCAUGACCCUCGUUAUGGUCGUGUUAGGCGGCGCCUGCCCCUCGCAGGCUGCUCUCGCGGAGAAGUCACAUUCGAAGCACACGUUGUCGCCGCAGUUAUCGCGAAUCACAGGCGUCGGCGAGACUUCAGGGUCUCGACGCCUUUUGCGUCAACAAGAUGAUGCCAAAUCGAGCCUUUCACUUGGCGUCCGCGAAGGCGAGUGGGUGAAAGUGUCGGAUAUAGUUGUGCUCGAAGCGGCGCGGGCGGCCGAUUUGCCUGAGGGCGGCGAGAAGCAGCAGGACAAGGGAGACGGCACCGUGAAGAUGUCCGAUCGAGGUAGCCAAGGCGGUCUAGGGAGCACCGACGCUUUUGACGAUAAGAAACGAGAAUCCGUUGGGGACGGCGUAAAUGGUGGGGCAGGAUUGGCGGCGGUGAGGAGCGGGAAUCGAGAUGGAACGGGCGAAGGGAAGCAGAAGCCUGGGGCGGAUAACGGAGCUGGCAAAGGAGCUGGUGGGGGGCCAUGGCAAGGCGGCGGUAAAAAGGAGCGGGAGGAGGUGAAGGAGGAGCAGGAGAUGGGUGACGAUUAUGUGGAUGAUGGUGAGGGGGGUUGGGCAGCGCAGCCGGGGAUGCGGGUGGAGGAGACGAACGGCGGCGACGAGGACCAGGUGGAGAUGUUCGAAGACACCCUCACGAACGCGGAAAUGAAGGAGCUUGCUCGAAACGCUGGGAAGACGAGCGCCGCGCAAGGCGGAACUCAGCACCGAGAGAAGAGCGGAGUGCUGCCAGCCCCGGCGUCGCUGCUGCCCCUUCCUAUUCCAAGCGCCAACGCGCCUCUUGCGGACAUGGCACGAAGGAAUGCGGCGACACCGGGGCGAGCGAGCUCGACUGGUGGAGGGCAACUGAAUGGCGGGCGGUCGACCGGGCAGGUGCUCACGCAGCAGCAACCGCAGAAGCGGGUCGGGGCGGUUCCACAUCAGGGGUACGUGGACGUGCGGAAGAGACAACCGGCGGUUGACACGGGGGGGGGAGAGGACCGCGGUGAGCAGGGCCUUCCGACGGACUCCGGGAACGGAGCGGAGGGGAAAGUAGGGACCGCGGGCGGAACUAACGAGGCAGAGGGAAAUGACCAGGACGACGGCGAUUGGGGGAGGGACUUGGGCGCGAAUGGGGAGGACAUCGCCGCAGGCGCUGACACGAUCAAUGGCGGCGGUAAGACGGACGGCGCGGAUGAAAACAUUCCGCUUAGCGGGGACGUGGAAGGGGGUGAUGGGGACGAGAGGGACUACGGCUCGGAGGCGGCGACAAUGGCCGAGGAGAACGUGCCCGGGAAUCCCGGGGAAAUUGCCAGCAGCUGGAUUGGGUUGGACGGCGGGCGCGGGAAGGGAGAAGGAUACGACAGCGGCAGCGUAUUCGGCGCCGAGAACGACAUGGGGGGAGAUAUUGGCGUGAUGCGGUUAAUUAGCAACAGCAUGGCGGUGAAGCGGGUGGUUGGCGCGAGCGUUGGAGGCAGGGCGCGGAAGGUUCCGGGAGGUGGAACCGGGAAGGCGGGGUAUGAGGGCGAAAGGAAGGCGGGAAACCAUAGGAAGCGGACUAAGCCGCGGUACAAAGCGGUGGACUGCCAGUACAGGGAGAAGGGCGCGUUUAGCAAGCUGCAUCGGUGCGCUGUGGGCUACGCUGGUCACGCCGGUGUGACAGGCGGCUAUAAGCGUCCCAUAUACCUGGUUACGAACAACGACGACAUGGUCGACGACGUGGCACCAGGCACGAUACGAUACGGCCUCAACCGGUACCGGCGAUCAGGCGUGACGAUCCGCUUCGCGACGUCCAUGCUCAUCAACCUGAAGCAGCGCCUCUUCCUCCCGCCGCACACCACCAUUGACGGCCGUGGAGCACGCGUCGCCAUAAAUGGCGGCCUGGUGCUGCACAAUAUAACCAACGUGAUCAUACACAAUGUGGCAGUUGGCAAUCUGCCUGGCGACCAUGACGUUAUCCACAUAUCCAAUACCACGCGUGUAUGGGUGGACCACUGCGCCGUGUACAACGCCAUCCGGGGCACUGUAGAUGUCGUAUAUGGCUCUACAGAUGUUACCAUCUCCAACUGUUACAUUCGUAAUAAGAACCUCACCAUGCUGCUGGGAGCAGACGAUGGGGACAUGAACGAUGCCAACAUGCGGGUAACUGUCUACCGCAACUGGUUUGACCAGUCAGGCCAGAGGCAGCCCAAGGCGCGCUGGGGCCAGAUCCAUGUGACAAACAACCUCUACACAAACUGGACCUACUACUGCAUCGGUGGCCGAAUGUAUGCCAACAUCCGGUCCGAGCGAAACGUUUUUAUCGCUGGUGGAAAGCGAAAAGAAGUUACGCCGUGGUUUGGAGAGAAGAGCCUUCGAACAGCUGGCUUUGACAACACGCCGUCCAUCCGAUCGUACCACGACUUGCUACUGAACGGUGCUACCUUUCACCAAUUUACUGGGUACACACGGCCAUUCCUGCCUCCAUACAGACUUGAUAUUCACCGGGCAAACAAAGCUCUGGCAGAAUUUGUUCGUGGGAAUGCAGGACCGCAGGUGGGGAGUUUUGUAGAGCUCGCUUGUACAGAGCAGACAUGUGUUCAGCGAGGGGACUGGGUCUAAGCUACG